AUGAGUUCUUCUUCUUCCUCAUCCUUGGCAACGUCUUCAAGAAGAUGGCCGAAUCGAAAUAUGCAAUUUGUCGCAUCUUUAUUGGCCAUUGGGAGUAGCUUCUCCUUCGGUUUUCAAAUGAUGUGGGUGAACCCAGCUCGGGAGGCACUGAUGGAAUUCGUCAGAGCCACCAUAGACCAAGAGGAGGCCUACGAGGAAUAUGCCACAUUUCUCUUUGACACCGCCAUGGCUAUCUUUUUUGCCGGGUCCAUUCUUGGAGGCUUCGUCAUCCAACCUGCCGCUGAACAUUUGGGACGGCGAAGGGCUUACAUGGUUGGUGUGAUCACGUAUAUCGUUUCAUGUGCGAUUACUAUUCUGGCAAAAGAGUAUGUGAGCUAUACGAUGUUUACAACUUCUCGCUUUGUUAGCGGAUUUGGUAUUGCUAUCUCGAUGGGAUUAUCGGCAAUCAUUACCAUUGAAUGCAGUUCCGCUGAAACCCGCGGCGUCGCCUCGUUGGUCAAUGGCCUCUUCCUGCAAGUUGCUCUCGUCGUGACCUCAGUGUUGGCCAUGCCAUUUUUGCUAGGGAGCACGUGUCUCUGGGAAAUAUUAUUCUGGUUCCAAAUCCUCCUCAACGUCAUCGUACUGAUCGUAGUUUUGUACAUCCCAGAAACGCCGACGUAUCUUGCCAGUCAUAAGACAGAUGACGAGAAGAAACUUGAAGAAGACGUCACCGAAUCUUUGGUGUUUUUCAGAGAAAUGGAUGAAGACGAUGCUCGUUUGGAAGCCAGGAGAAUCAUCGAUUCUUAUCAUUGCUCUCAAAAUAAAAAACCCAACCUCGUCACCCUCUGGAAAUGCAAAUUCUCUGCCCGCGGAACACUUAUUGGAAUGCUCAUUAUGGGCGCAAUGGCGCAGUCCGGAAUCACCAUUAUUAAUUUUUAUGCAGUUAGAAUUCUCACAUCGACUGGAUUGAACACGAAUAAUGCUUCAAUCGCAAAUUCGUUCCUCUGCUUGUUCGCCAUCGCUGGUAUUGUUACCGCUUUUUUCAUUGUGGACAAGUACGGUAGAAAGAAGCUGAUUUUGGUGACUUUCAUUGCUUUGAUCGUUAUCAACAUCGGAAUUGUCGGACUUCUGUUUCUAUGCUCCAAUUUUCCACACACCGUCUUCAAUUGCAUGUUGAUCGGAGCCAUCUGCCUCUUCAACUUUUUCUUUUCAAUGGGACCUGGACCACUGUCAAUGUUUAUCGCUGGAGAGCUGGUUCCACAGCAAACAAGAUCUGCUGCUUCUAUUUAUACCAGUGUUACUAUGGCCAUGUCUCGCUUUCUCACUCUGGUUUUCUACACUCGAUUCCAAAAGAUGACUUCAGAGGCGAUCGCAUUUGGAUUGUUUUUCUUGCCCCCAAUGAUUAUCGUGGUUGUCAUUCUUCAUCGCUAUCUUCCGGAGACCAAAGGAACUACUGUAGAGCAACUUCAAGCCGAGUUUAAUGCUAGCAGUCAGAGGGAGAAUACAGACGAAAUUGAAAUGCUGGAUGUUCAGAACUAA